CCGUGACGUGACGUAUACGGAAAUGGUGCUCUCGCUGUGCGCAGGCGCUGUGUUGGAGACGGUUGCUGGGGACAGCCGCCUGAGGAGGCGGCGGCGAAGGCGAGGUCAGCUGUUCAUAGGUGCCCAGCCCACCGCAUCACUCGCCGCCCGCACAGGCCCGGGCUUGGGAAGGAGAGGCGGGGCGGGGUAGAGACUGACGACGGCCUGCAGGGAAUGUGGAAGCUGGGACGGGAGCAGCGAGGGAGAGAAGCUGGGAAGCGAGUGCUCGGUGUAAGGGGAGGCUCGGCGGGGCCGGGGCGCGGAUCGAGCAGCUGUUGUUUGCAGCCUGGCAUGGUGGGCUUAGAGUCAGAAAGACCCGGGUGCACCUGACACCGGCCACGUGCAGCUGGGCCAGUCAUCCCUAACCCCCGGGUGUCUCAGGUGCCCCGCUACGACUUCUCUGCCAAGUCGGAGAAGGGGGUUGGUCCCUGUUGAUGGAGAGAGUCCAGGGAGUCCCCAACACCGAUGAAAACCCGAGGCGAUGUCUGAGGAGCUGGGUAGAGAGCAGGAAAAAUUAGAAAUUGCUUUCAGCACCUGAUGCCACCUCAAAGACAGAACCCCAACCUCACAGGCUGACCUUCAACGAGAACCUUUCUACCCAUCUUGAACAUGGCUGGUGGAAUCACAGAAACCGGGGAGCUUUAUUCUCCCUAUGUUGGACUGGUGUACAUGUUCAACCUGAUUGUGGGCACUGGCGCCCUCACUAUGCCCAAGGCUUUUGCCACUGCUGGUUGGCUUGUCAGCCUAGUCCUUCUCCUGUUCCUAGGCUUCAUGAGCUAUAUGACCACAACCUUUGUAAUGGAAGCCAUGGCAGCAGCCAAUGCUCAGCUCCGUUGGAAGAGGAUGGAAAGCCGUAAGGAGGACGAUGAUGAUGAUGAUGACUCUUCUACAGCUUCUGAUAAUGAUGUUCUCAUCCAGGAAAACUAUGAUCGGUCAGAGAAACAGCCCAUCUUGUCUGUGCAGAGACGUGGAUCUCCUAACAUUUUUGAAAUCGCUGAUCGUGUGGAGAUGGGACAAAUGGCCUCCAUGUUCUUCAAUAAAGUGGGAGUCAACUUGUUCUAUUUUUGUAUCAUUAUCUACCUUUAUGGGGACCUAGCUAUCUAUGCUGCAGCUGUGCCCUUAUCGCUUAUGCAGGUGACCUGCAGUGCCACUGGCAAUCACUCCUGUGAUGUGGAAGCCAGCACCAAGUACAAUGACACAGACGUGUGUUGGGGCCCCAUCAGACGAAUCGAUGCCUACCGCAUCUACCUGGCUAUGUUCACACUGCUUCUUGGACCUUUCACCUUCUUUGAUGUGCAGAAGACCAAGUACCUCCAGAUCUUGACAUCUCUGAUGAGAUGGAUUGCCUUUGCCAUCAUGAUUAUCCUGGCAUUGAUCCGCAUUGGACACGGGCAAGGAGAAGGGCAUCCGCCCAUAGCAGACUUCUCUGGGAUCCGCAACCUGUUUGGGGUGUGUGUCUACUCCUUCAUGUGCCAGCAUUCGCUGCCAUCCCUCAUCACACCCAUUUCCUCCAAAAAGCACAUCACCCAGCUGGUGCUGCUGGACUAUGUGUUGAUCCUGGCAUUCUACAGCCUCCUUUCCUUCACUGCCAUCUUCUGCUUCCACAGUGACAGUCUCAUGGACAUGUAUACUCUCAACUUCACUGGCUGUGAUAUAAUACGCCUGGCCGUGAUUCGCUUCUUCCUGGGUCUCUUCCCCGUCUUCACCAUUAGCACCAAUUUCCCCAUCAUCGCUGUGACUCUGCGCAACAACUGGAAGACGCUCUUCCACCGGGAGGGAGAGAUGUACCCAUGGGUGGUAGACCGAGUUGUGUUCCCUGUCAUCACUCUGGUACCUCCCAUCCUCGUGGCCUUCUGUACCCAUGACCUGGAGUCCCUAGUGGGGAUCACAGGAGCCUAUGCUGGCAAUGGAAUUCAGUAUGUCAUCCCUGCCUUCUUGGUGUACUACAGCCGGAAAGACACCAAGCUUGUUUUUGGCUCUGGUACUGUCAACAAGCACAAGUCCCCUUUCCGAAGUACCUUCUGGGUGGGCUUUGUACUUGUCUGGGCUUUCUCUUGCUUCCUUUUUGUCACAGCCAACAUAAUCCUCAGUGAGACAAAGCUUUAACUGUGGGAACGUUUCCCAACACUUGGAUCCUUUCUGCAGGAUUGCAGGCCUUCCUCUGUCCUUCACCUUCAUGCCCACUAUCCUUCUACCACAGGGCAGACAAUGGCAUUGCUGGUAAUCAAGUCUGAUAGCUGUUACAAGGCCCGUUACCUUUCUCCACUCCCAAGAUCCAACCAGAGAUGAACUGCUGAGUCCCCUGCAUGGUACCCUGGGUGGAAUCUCGAAGCAGUGCUGGCACUGUGACAUCUUAUUUAUACUAGACAGAAUGGGUGCCUCUCUACUCAUUCACCCCCACCUAGGCUCUGGGAGGACUUAGGUCUUUGUUUUAGGAGAUCUGUUGCAGAAACUGACACUGAACCCUAACCCCUCCUACCUGCUUCUCCUUCACCCAGAACACGUCUUGCUUCCUGAACUGCUAAGAAACCAAUAUAGUGAAAGCACAUGUCCCUUUUGCCUUAGCACGAUGAGAAGCAAACAAGGCCUGGAGCCGCAAGGACUAGGAGAGCUGAUUAACCGCAGGGUCCCUGGAGGAGAGCUGUGGGCGCCCCUGCUGUGGGUGCUAAGUAGAGACUAGGCCACUAAAAUACUGACCUAGUUCUGGAGUCAGCUCCAGGGCUCCUACCUUGACUGGGGCCUUAGUAUUCCCUAGGAGGGAAAAUAAAAUGGCCCUUUCAUCUUUUCUACAUCCCCAGGACUUAAAUCCUCUGUUAAGUCCUCCGGGUUAAUGAGAAAGGGCAAGAAAUAAAAGGGAAUCUCUGAAUCUUCACUUUGGAGGCAUGCCGGGUGAAGGAGAUACUGUACCCUCUUGCAGGCCAAGGACAUUCUGGUGGCAGCCCCAUGCCAGUGCCCUGAGCUUAUCUUUCUGAAGCAAGUUAAGCAUAGCAUUGGAAUGGGCAGUAAGUUGGGACCCCCCUGAUGGACAAUCAUCUCAGACACACUCGGUGCCUUUGGUCACCUUUGGGGUGACUCUUGACAUGUCUGACAGCUGAAAUCACAGCUCCCAGGGAGAGAGUAGUGGUCCUUUGGGGGUCCGACAUUGAUCUGAUUCACAACAGAGAAGAGUGAGAGGCACCUGAGCAGCCAGUGGCCAGCCACCUGAUGCUUCCUUUAUCAUCUUGCUACACCUAGGAUAAUGGGAGGGAGCCCCGCGUCCCCUCCACCGACCAUUUCCUUCUUCCAUAGACCCAAGAAUUCUUCGUCUUGUAUCAUCCCUUUGCUGCAGGCCAUGCUAUUCUGAAACGAGGCCAGCCCCCUUCUGUCUGCUCUUCACUUCUCCGCUCGCUAUGUUCACAACUGCUGCUGCCCUGUCAUUUUCAUACAGACUCUAACGAACUCUACAUCAAAUGUGCCUUCUCCAGCAUCAGGGCCUGGGUCCCUCCUGCCGAGAUACAGUAGGGCCCAGAUUAUUCUCACACUAUCCCACGUUCUCUGUGCUCCCGUGGGCUGGGGUCGAGAGCAGUCAAAUGUAGACGGUAGGGUUCUGUUGGGAGGGGGGAGGUUUCUCUCUAAGGUUGGUCCUGAUCCCCUCCCUGCAACACACCUAAUCUCAGUGCCUUGCUCAGCACCUUUUAUUUCUCCUCACAUGCGUCCCACACAUUUCCCUGUCAGGAAAAGAUCCAGUCCCUGAGGGUAAAGAUGAUCUAAAGAAGACUUCUGCCAGAGGACUGUGGGAGCAUAGGGUGAGGAAAGGAGAAUUGCCUUAAGCGUGAAGAUGGGGCCCUGGGAAGCGGACACAUCCCUGCUGUUAGAUUCAUGCUGCCUGAGCCCAGCGGGAUGCUUUUGAGAGUUAGAUUGGCUUAAUUGGACAUUAUCUUCUUCCAAUCCGUCUUCUUGUGUUUUGUCUCAUAGCUCAUCACUACGUGUAAUUAUUUUCCAGCCUUUUGAAAAAUAAAUGCCCCUUCCCCAUCUGCCGUAUGGUGACUUCCUAUGCUGUCUCUGGCUGCUACUGGAGAAUGGGGUGGGGCAAGGAGAGAUCUGGGCCUUCAGUGACAAGAAUAAUGAGGUGUUAGCCCAUCCUGCUGUCUGGGCUGUCCCCAGAUCUCCCUAGCUGUUUGCUAAAAACUUGAUUAAAACAUCUGUACUCUUUUCCAAUUAUAUUCCC